AUGCCGCCAAAGCCAAUUCCCCCACCACUGGAAAUCCCAGCUUCGUUUGCGGCAUUGGCAACAAAUGGUAACUCCACUUUCCAACAGCUCCUUAACCAUAGCGAUCCUUCCAAGGGAACCUUCUCCCAAAGAUACUGGUAUAGCUUUGAGUACUGGAAAGGGCCAGGAUCACCUGUUGUUUUGUUCACGCCUGGUGAAGAGGAUGCUAGUGGUUACACUGGAUAUAUGGAUAACAUAACCAUCACUGGCCAUUUCGGGCAAGCUAUUGAUGGCGCAGUCAUCGUACUCGAGCACCGAUACUGGGGCGAUUCGAGCCCGUAUUCUUACUUAGACACCGAGAAUCUGCAGUUGUUGAACCUGGAUCAGGCAAUCCAUGACUUGGUGUAUUUUGCACAAACGGUUGAUUUGCCCUUCGACACAAACCAUAGCAGCAAUGCGCAAAAUGCACCAUGGGUUUUGAGUGGAGGGUCCUAUUCGGGUGCGCUUACAGCUUACACCGAACACGUUUCACCAGGCACCUUCUGGGCGUACCAUGCCUCCAGUGCACCCGUCGAAGCUAUCAAGGACUACUGGCAAUACUUUUACCCAGUCCAGCAAGGCAUGCCGCAAAAUUGCAGCAGCGAUGUUACCCUCGUUAUCGAUUACAUAGACGAAAUUUUGACCACCGGUACAGACGAUGAGAUAUAUGCCCUCAAGAAAUCUUUCGGUCUAGAAGGGCUUGAGCACAACGAUGACUUCGCUUCUGCUCUAGAAAAUGGUCCUUGGCAAUGGCAAUCAAUCGCUCUCUAUUCAGGAUACAGCGAAUUUUUCGAGUUUUGUGAUGCUGUCGAAACAUUCGCGCUGCAAGGAUCGAACACAACUGCCCCAGCAACUGGCGUCGGUCUUGAGAAAGCUUUGGCUGGCUAUGCUAAUUGGGUCAACACUAGCCUUAUACCUGGAUUCUGUCAGUAUUACGGCUAUACUGACGAGCGAGAUCUCUCUUGCUUCGAUACCUAUAAUGCUUCCAUGUCUUUCUAUACUGACUAUACGGUUGGGAAUCCAUGGAACAGACAGUGGAAUUGGUUUUUGUGUAAUCAGCCAUUGGAUUUCUGGCAAGACGGUGCUCCAAGGGGCACACCUACCAUCGUUUCGCGCCUUGUAACAGCUGAAUAUUGGCAAAGACAAUGUGCCCUCCAAUUCCCGGAGGUCAACGGCUACACAUACGGUAGCACUAACCCGAACGUCAACGUACACUCGGUCAACAAGUACACUGAAGGCUGGCGACUAGAGGAUACUACCAGAUUGACAUGGACGAAUGGUGAAUUUGACCCUUGGAGAACCGGCAGCAUGUCAUCCCAAUUCAGGCCAGGUGGCCCGCUCAACUCCACUGCGCAACACCCACUUCAUCUCAUUCCUGGAGGAAUCCAUUGCUAUGACUUGAUCAUGGCGAGUGGGCUUGCAAGUCCGGCAGUGCAGGAGAUAAUCGACGCCGAAACGGCACAAAUUGUAGAGUGGGUUGCGGAGUACUAUACCCAAUGA